UAAAUAUAUUUUUCAUUAGUGAAUUUUAAUUUUUAUUAUAAUUUAAAAGUUUAAAAUUGAUGUAAUUUAGUCUAAGCAGAAAAUUUAUUUUCGACAAAUUGAUAUUUCGGUGAGUAAUUUAUAUAAGUAAACUGAUCGGAUGACGAUGACGCGUGGGAUUUAUUUGAGAACUUUGAAAAACGUGGUUGUUGAUAUCAUACGAGAAGUGCGUCUACGGCGGAGGCGUGCAUGUGCCACCCUUUCCUAAUAUUGAUUUUUCGCCAUGGAACAAGUCCUUUUGGCUUAGUGCGCACCUACCCACUCAUACAGUGCAGUGGGUGUGCGCGCCUCGUUUUCACCCGAAUUAAUCAAAGUUCACGCCGCAAAACUUGCAGCUCCGAGUGUUUCAACUAUGUAACGUUCGCGACGUGAGAAGUGAGAUAUCGCGUGGAAGCGUUUAUAAUUCAUAAACGUACGCACGAAAAAGAGAAAAAAAAGAGAGAGAGAGAGGCUGAUCAAAAUAAGAUAAUUUUCUGGUUUUGUGAAGAAAAGAAGAAAAAUAUCGUUCAAGUGAGAAAAAGAGUCUGAGUCCUUUCAAUUUUUUUUGUUCCACUACCUUCUGGAUGAUAAAUCAACGGAUAUCCUAAGGACAUAUAGAUGGAUCGCGCCCACUGUUUUUGGAUUGAAUCCUUCGUUAGUUCAUGAAGGAGCGACUGACGUCAACUUGGAGGAGAUUUUGAGAGUAGAAUUCGAAUUUUAAAAGGGAAAUCAGGUGCCCGUUUUUAACGGGCCAGCUUUUACAAUUGCGGCAGCAGAUGUCAGGAUGCCGGAACAGAGUAACGACUACCGGGUCGUUGUCUUUGGUGCUGGAGGUGUUGGAAAGAGUUCUUUGGUUUUACGCUUCGUGAAAGGAACUUUUCGGGAAUCUUAUAUACCAACUAUUGAGGACACUUAUAGACAGGUGAUUAGCUGCAACAAAAAUAUUUGCACACUUCAAAUUACGGACACAACGGGGUCUCAUCAGUUUCCUGCGAUGCAAAGACUUUCCAUAAGCAAAGGACAUGCCUUCAUUCUGGUGUAUUCCGUUUGCUCCCGGCAAAGCCUUGAGGAACUUCGACCAAUUUGGGCCGUUAUUCGAGAGCUCAAAGGACAAGAUAUUUCACAGAUACCAAUAAUGUUGGUGGGAAACAAGUGUGACGAGAGCCCUUCUGUCAGGGAGGUUUCGUUAAGCGAAGGAGCAGCGGAGGCAGCAAAUUGGGGCUGUGGUUUUUUGGAGACAUCUGCAAAAACGAAUCAUAACGUAAAUACUCUUUUCCGGGAUUUAUUAACACUUGAGAAAAAUCGAUCAGUCUCGUUGCAACCGGUACAAAGCAGUAACGCAAUAAGCUUUAAGGAAAAGUGUGUCGUUAUGUAAUAAAUUCUACACACACACAUAUAUUAUUAUCCAAAAAUUUGAUAUAUGAAAAAAAAUUUCCCUUUUAUCUAAAUUAUUCGAUUAAUCCAAUUAUAUUAGUCAUUAAAAAGAAAUAAAUGCGCACGUCAUGAAAAAAAUUUGGAAAAAAACGAUUAAAAAUUCUGUCAAAAAUUGAAACAUUUUUUGAUAAAUCAAAACGGCGUGAAAAUUGAUAAAUUAAAAAAAAGAAAUUGGAUAAAAAUUUAAAAAGUUCAACAAAAAAAGGGAUAAUUUGAAAAUUGAAAAAAUCUAAACAGCUAUUGAUAAAUUCAAAACAAUUGAAAAAUAUAAAUAAUAAUUAUCAUAAUUUGUAAUUAAUAUUACAAUAGUUAUUUCAUUUUCUAAUUUUUUAUUCGUAAUCAAGUAGUGAUUUUUCUAGUCUGAUUGAAAUGAAAAAAAAACUCGUCGAUCGAUUGACGUGAGUUCUGAGCCCGCCGACAAUUUCGGGUAAAUUAUCCUUAAGAUAGAAAAAAGGGGGCCGUUACAUUUUGUAAAUUAUGAAUUUAUGGUAUAUAAUAUUUAAUUGCAGAGGAAAGAGUGAAAAAAAAAUUAAGAUAGAAUUAUUUAACACAGAUGGUCGUGAUCUAGUUUUGGAAAAGGACUCUUUCCUAUUUCAUGAAAAUUUUAAAUAGACCAGAAAAAUUUUCCCCCAAUUUAGAAAAUAAGAAUAGUUGACACGAAAGAGAUAGUUGCUCGAUUACAAAAAAAAAAAAAACAAAAAAAAACAAAAAAAAAUAGAAACAAAAAUGUUAUUUGUAAUUGGCCAAUAAUCUUGUUCUUGUUAUUAAUUACUGCUUAUUAUUCAAAAUACAUCGUCGAGUUAUACUCCAUGAAGGUGUUAAAAAAAAAGUUCAGUUAAAACCACAUUGGAGUCUCGAUGAAUCAGGCAAUCUCCUAAUAAUAUACAGAAUGGAUCAAUUUUCGUCGUUCGCUCACUUAAAAAAACUAAACAUUUCUCGUAAUAUAAAUACUUUUUUUGAGAAUAAUUUUUUUGGACCUAAUAUUUUCAUUUUAAAGUUAAAUUCCUUUUUAUUAUUGAUUUGAAAAUUGAACAAUUCAUGGUUAAUAUAAAAAAUAUAUCAAGAUAAUUAAGCUUAAAUAGAUAUGCAGUGCAUAGAAUAUUAAAUAUUUAUAAAAUAUAUGUAAAAGUAAAGAAGAAAAAGAAAUUUUUUCUGCAAAAGAUUUUAAUUUGGAAUUUCGCUUCUACAAAGUCUAUUUACACAUAAUAUAAAAAGAAAUAAAUUUCCAAUUUUUCAAAUGAACCAAAGUUCGAUAUUUGCAUGUGAAUUUUAAAUAUGAAAAUAAUGUGACAUAUUAUUUAUACAUACACAGGCACAGUAAAUAAAUAAAUGAUUAUUGUUAAUGAAAAUACAAUUUUCAAAAUGUAGAUUAUAAGAUUUAAAAGUCAUUUGGCUAACAACGAAACAAAUUUCUCUCUUCUCAUUUUCAUUUCAAUAAUCUCACUAUAAAAAUUGUAUUUAAUCAAGAAUUUUUAUUAAGAAAAUUUAAUUGAUAAUUAUUAAUCAUUCAAUCUUAUUGAUUAAGAAUCGUAACAUUCUCGGCAAUAAAUAUAAUAGACUACAAUAUUUAUUAAAAAUCCUAAGGGGUUUAGAAUUCAAUAAUAUGUAAUUAUAUUCAAGGUUGUGAAAUUAUGUGCAGAAUUGACCAUGUCGAAAAAUACAUUUAUAAGUGUAAAAAAAAUAGUUUAUAUUCAGACUAUUUAUUUUAAUUUUAUUUUAGAUGUUAAUUAAAAUUACUUAAUCUUGAGUUGAAGACUAUCUGCUUAUUGAAAUGUGCAGAUGAUUACUUAAAAUUUUUUUUUAAAAUAUAUUGAAAGACUGAACUUAAAAUAUUUUUACUAACUAGGGAACAAAUCCAGAGUUUCAAAACUUAUGGAUAUUUUCAAUAAAGUCUGGUAUGUUGUAAUUAUGAUUAUAAAUAUAUAUAAUUUUAUUGUCUAAUAAAAAUAGAACAAGAAACAUCAGUAAAAAAAUAUUUAGUAAAGAAUAAUAAUAAUUUCGAUAAUUAUCAAGACAAUUACCUGAAAUUUUGAUUUUUAAAAUGUAGGUAAUAAACUUUCAUAUAAAGAAACUUCUUGAUUAAAAGCAAUUUUCAAGUGAAAAAUUAAAAAAAAAUUAUAUUUUAAUUAUCCAGAUGACCUUAAAUAUAAUUUCUAAAUAAAUCUGCAACCCUUCAGAAAAUGAAUUACUCAUUGUUAGUUUAUGUUUAGGUCAGUAGGUAGAAGAACCCUUCUUCUCUACAUUUAACUGAAGGUCUUUGCAAAAUUAUUAUAAUAUUCGAAGGAAAGUGCAAAAUGCAGUGAAGCGAACGACGAAUCAGUGCAUGUAAAAGAGCAUAUGCAAAUAUGUGGAAAUAAUGAGUAAACAAAAAAAAAAAUGAAAAUAAUGAAGAGAAAGAAAUGAAAGAAAAAUGUACGAACUGUUAAUAUGAGAUUGAUUUUUGUUGAAUAGUUUUAAGAUUUUUGUAAAACGAUGCUAUUUAGAGUUUUAAUAAUAUCGUCGCGAUCAGGAUAAAUGUGUUGUAGUCCAACGUACCGAUGGGGCAAUCCUUAUUAAAAAAAAAAUUUGCAAAAAUAUGUACUUAAAUGUAUAACGAGUCUCACAAAUUCGCAAAAAAAUAUUUAAAAUUAAAAAAAAAGUAGUGGACGUUUUAGAAAUACUGUGCGAAGGGAUUUUAUAGCGUCAACGUCCAAAAAAAGAAUUUUUAAUCUCAUUCUUAAGUAGCCCGUAGUUGUAAAAUUGUAGCAUUUGUCAUUUUACAAAAGAAAAAAAAGAAAACGAUCUCUUUGACCUCUUGCAAUCUUCUUUUUUUGAGUUUAUAAAAAUCAUUUUUUAACGAAUAAUAAUAAUAAUUAAUAUUCUAGAAAUUAAUAGUGUCGAUAAAUGAGCGACGGUUUUGGCCUAAGUUAAAAAAAUACCGAAUUCCAAAGUGAGAAUACUACUUUGAGGUGUCUGAGACUGAAUUUAAAAAUUAAACAAAAAAAAAGUUAAUAGAAAAUAAAUUAAGAAUAAUUAAUUAAGAAUAUUCUUCUAAUCGGUUUCACUAUAUUUAACAACGAUAAAAAACAAAAUUCAAGCAAUUUUACGAAUUAUCGUCUUUCACUAAAUGCUUAUAAAUGAACAACGAAUUAAUUUAUUGAUUAUUCUGAUGACAGACGCAUUUACAGAUAAGAAUAAUUAUUUAAUCAAAAUUGUAAAUUAAAAUCAUUGUUCUUUAAUUAAGCUUCCAUUUCUCAUUGAUAAGAAAUAUACAAAAAUUUACUUAAGCUUGAGAAUAUUAUAUAUGUAUUUUAAGACAUUUUUGUAAUGAAUUAAGUAUAAAAUUUUAAUUAACAUUGUGACAGAAAAAUUUAAUUUUUCUAAAAUGUUAGGUAGAAUUCAAAAAUAUUUAUAUUAAGGAAUUUUAUUUUUUAUUUUUCAAAAAAUGAAAAAUUUUCUUUUAAUAAAAAACAAAAAAAAUCGUUUGCUAAAUGAAACUAAUUUAUGGGAAGAUUUGUAAAGAGGUUGAAGAUGAAUCCAACGAUGAUUUAAUGAAAAAAAUGCGUUGUUUGAAAAAAAAAUUGUCACACAUUUGGAAAAUAGGUACCAUUCCAAAUGUACACUUUUUUCAAUUUCAAAGAAAGCAUAUUGUUAAUAAUUAUACAGAAAAUUUCCCAAUUAUUGACGAAAUAGACGUCAAUUUUUCAGUUUAGCGUAAAUUUUUAGUAUCUCUUUUUGUGACAAAAAGAAGAAAAGCGCUUUUAUUUUAACUAAAACGAGAUCAUGAAAAAAGAAAAGUAACCCAUAUGGAUUCUCAUGAAUAUUUUCAAAGUUUAUGCAAAAAGAAAAAAAUCAUUUUUGCGGAUUAUACACAUUGAAUUUAUCUCAAAGAUGUAUUAUACAAACAAACAAACAAAUUAACAUUAUAUAUUAUUAUAAAAAAAAUUAUUUAUCAAAGGAAAAAAAUGACGAUCUAUUAUGUAAAAUGAAGACUUUUAUCUGGAAAAAAAUCGGAGCACUCGUUCCUCUUAACUUAAGUACCUGUUUUUUGAUUAUAUAGUAUAUACAAUAUAUACAUUAUACAUGUAUUGAGAAUUCUUAUAGUUUGUACUUUUAACUUUAUAGUCUAAGUGCGGAGGCGUUUCCCAUGGGAUUCUAGAGGGUUACCUGAAACUGGAACGUGUCUUCCCGUGAGACACUAUGAAAGAAAUAAACUGCACACUAUAACUGGGUCGAUAAAUGUAUUGGAGCUGUGUUCUUCUUUCAAUUGAAAUGCAAUUGAUAAAAAAAUAUUUUCCACUUCUAUUUUUUUUUUAUUGAUAAAAUAAUUUUAUCAAUCAAUUUUAAUCCUACAUUGAAAAACAAUUUUUUGACAAUUUCAAAAUUAUUAUUGUGUUUUAAAAGUUAAAUAAAUAAAUUUCAUUUUAUUUUGAUAGAAAAAACAAGGUUUGAAUAGACAACACAGCUUUAAAUCAUUUUCAUUGCCAAACUUUGCCUAGUGAAAAUAGUUAUGAUAUUUAUAAUAUUUAACUGUUACUUAAAAAAUACAAAAAGUUGCAUUAUUCGACAUUUUUGCUUGAUAAAAAAAAAUAAUCAAACACACAAAGACACAAUGGAAUUUGUUAUAUUUGAACAAAUUCUACGUUUUGUUAUGCAGCUUACAAGUUUGCAUUAAAAGAGAAAUUUUUCUUACAAAGCAAUGAAAAAAAAUAUUCUUUCUGAAUUUUAUAAUAAUUACUGAAUUACAUUAAUUAAACAUUAAUUAUCAAUGAAUUUUUAAUAUUAUAAUAGUUACUGUAACAAUGUUUACUGAGAGAAAAAAACAAUUGAAUUUCUAUCGAGUAAUACAUAUCUUCAUCGCAUCGAACAAGCCAAAUCGCAAAAAAAAAAAAAAAUUAAAAAAAUUCUAGGAUCGACAAAAAAAAGCGAAAAAGUUGUACAGUUAGAAAAGAUGAAAGGAAAGGUAAUCUUUCGAUUUUUGGGGCCAAUCGGUGAUAAGGAAAUGAAUCAUGGUAUUGUGUAUUAAAGAACCCAAAAAAAAAAAAAAUAAUAAAACAGAAACAAAUUGAGAUUAGUCGAAAAGUAGCUCGUUUCUUCACCGAUUCCCUUCAGAAUCGUGGUCGAUAACGAUUCUUCUUUCUGCCGCAUUACUCUUGUCAUUUUACACGAAUAACAAGAAAUUUCAAUUUUUCUGCCGACAAAUUAUGAAAAUUCCUGGCGGAAGGUGCUUUAAAAGUUAAUUAAUAAAAUGGAAAGUUCAGCCAUACAAGCAAUGAUUGUUUUAAAUUUAUAAUAUAAGUUUGUAAGUUUCUCAACGAGCCAACUAAUUAUUACUGUGAGCACAAUAAUCGUAUGCACAAAAAAAAUCGUUGCGUGAUUAUACGUUUAUUAUAUAAAAUAUAUACAUAUAAUAUUAAUUGUCCUUUUAAUAAGCCAAGUUUGACUAUCGCUUGAUAAUAAAUUUCGAUUUUUAAAUUUCAUAAAUUUUACUCAAACGAUAUACAUUUUUCGUAUAUAUUAUAUUGUCAGGAAAUUAAAAAAAGCAAAAAAAAAAAAAUUAAAGAAAUUCGUCAAGAAAAUUUCUCUCAUUCCCUGGGAUAUUUUUUAUAUUUAUUUUUAAAAAUUAUUUAAAAAUAUAUUUUAUAUUUUAAAUAUCCCUGGAAAGUAAAAAAUUACUCAUUUUAAAAGUAAUUUACAUAAUUUUGUAUGUUUUGACGAAUUUAAUUUUUCUCGAUAAAAAAAAGGAACAAGUGCAAGACAUUCAUUUUAUCAGAAAUUAUUUUAACUGAUGCAUUUAUAUUUAUAAUAAUAAAUUAUUUUAAUCGCUUAUAUUUACAUUUUAUAUUAUUAAUAAAAAAAAUUUUUUAAUCUAUGCCAAAUGAAAAAUCAUUUAUCUGCUGAAUAAUUAAAAAAAAAUACUUGACGAAAAUUAUAGUGAAGUUUUUCUAUACUGUUAAAAAUUUCUGUAUUCAAAACAUGAAAUAUGAAAAAAUCUAUAUUGAUAAUUAUAAUAUUAUAUCAAUUUAUAUAUAAAUAUAUAUAUCUCUACACAAACGUUGCAAUAGAAAUAUUUUUUAAUAUUACAAAAAAUAUAGUUUAACAUAGUAGAAUUGUUGACUUAGUGAGAUGAUGAAUUUGCAUAUCACAUGAAUGCAGAAAUUUUUAAUAA